AUGGUUUCCAGCAAGCCUGGCCGGUCUAGCCGUCCAAAGCCGUCGGAUGUUGCUUUGGAUACGAAACGCAACUUUAUUCCGCUGCUCAAUGCUAGCUACUUCGACCUCUACCCGCCCUAUUCGAUUCUGUAUAGAGAGCCUUGUCUGCAGUUGCCUGUGAAUCGACGACCGAGCAUCCGGCCGCCAUUCUUCCGUGUCGAGAACGGCGACCCGGUCAUGAGAGCUAUCUAUUACGCCAACAUGGACUCGCAAGCGAGCGAGAUUGCUGGCGGCCCUCGAAUUCGCAUUCCAUUCAUCUGCGCCGCGAAUGAGCGGCGACCUGGAGGUGACUGGGAGAUUGGCUCUCUCCUGUACGAAGAGAAGCUAUGCAGACGCAGCAAUCUAUUCGCGACCCUAUCAACGCCAUUGCCGCAAACUGGAGAAGAGAGCAAUUAUCCCAUCCCAACAACGGGUGGCGUAUUUUCCGACGCAGUCGUGGUUUGUCGUGGCCCUCAUGACCGGUAUGAAAAGCUAGACCGGUGGUACGACUUGCCCGUAUUAUCAGUGCCACCGACUCGAUGGCCAAGGCUCAAGGACAAUGGAGCGUCUUACUCGUUUGAGGCGGAGCGUCAGCAAAUGAAGGACAAAAUCCGGGGAGCUCUGCGAAUUUGUCAUUACAACGGCUAUGACCGCGUGGUGGUGGGUGAUUUCGGUCUAGGAAACGGCUGUCGCAAUCCGCCGCAACAGUUGGCGGAGAUUUGGCGGGAAGUUGUCCUGUUUGAUCCGGAUCUGCGCGGGCAGUUUUCCUACAUCAUUUUCGUGUUUGAAGAUGCGUCGCUGAAUACGACACAGUGCAUUCUUGAGGAACUCAUCAAGAAGGAGCAAAAGACGAGAAUCAAGACCAAAGGAGACUUGGGCUCGCUGCAGAGGGCGGCGCCGUCGGACAUGUCCAUCUUUGAGCGGGUUUUUGACGCAGCCGAGAUCGAGCGCGUGGUCAGCGAGCCAGAUCCUCGCUGGCGACAGGGGUGGAAAGGGUGGAAAGGGUGGCGCGACAGCAUCAAAGCCAGCCAGGACGGGAAGGGGGGGCGGACAUAUUGCAUGCGUACGGCUCCGAGGCUCCAAGACAUUGCACCCCAGGGCUCUUUUAUCAAGGUUGUUCGAAACCUGCAGGAGACGUGGUAA